AUGGGGACUUUGGAAGGUGAAAUUAUGGACGCGCUCACUUUCUGUAACCAAACUACCGCGCACUAUGACAACCUCGUGGACACGAUGUUUUUCAUAUUCAACUGCACCGUCUUGACCUUAACAUUAGUGUUGGGUUUACCGGGAAACCUGUGGGUCUGUUGGGUUGUUUUCAGGACCAAGAGCCUGCAGACGUGCAAUAACGCGCUGCUGGUCAGCUUGGCCGCCAGUGACUUACUGAAGUGCUCUGUGGACACGCCGCUGCUGCUCUUCUCCUUUCUGCGUUACGGGAAGGACGGCCAGGUGUCGGUGCCUGUGUGCACCCUGCAGCAGUUCACCUAUGCCCUGUGCAGCUGCGUCCAGCUGCUCACCCUGGUCAGCAUCAGCGUGGAACGCUUCCAAGCCAUCGCGUUCCCCUUCCAAACCGACAGGAGGAAAGCGAGGGCUCGUCUCUGGAUCCUGUCCAUUUGGGCAUGCGGCCUCAUCUUGGCUAUAAUCUCUCUGACUCUUUCCGAAAAGGCGCUUUUUUACAUGCUGUGCCGCCCGUACACAGGAAGGCAUGGCGACAAUCGAUACUGGGAUCCGUUUGGACCCUACGUGCUGGUGCCGGUGUGGGGAUUGUCUCUGACCGUGAUCGUUAUCCACUACAUGCGUAUAUUCAAAGUUGUAAGGCAGCACCGAAAGAAAGUGUUCAAUCGGGGAGUCCAGUUGCGGCCCACAGUGUCGGAGCACGUCUGGGGCUUGCUGAGUGUGUCUGCUUCAGGACCACGGACAGCUCCGCCGGACUCCUUCAAGUCUCUGCCCUCUGCGGGCUCGGCCAGCCCGCUGCCUCCCCGUCGGGCGGUGCUCCUGGUGGCCGAAGCCGGUGCUCCCUGUGCACGCUUGCCCACAGGCGGCGCCCCGGUGAGACCUCCGGAGAUCGUGGGGGCGGUGUGUCUUCUGACCCCCGGGGCCAGGGAGCGGGGGAAGAAGCAGAUGGAGGGGAAACUGGCCCAGCGAUUUGGGUACAUAAUCAUUGCGUUCACGCUCUUCUGGGUACCCAUGGUGGUGAUUUUACUAAUAAACGUCAUCUCGUGGCAGGACACGGACAAAUUGCUGAUGGAGCUGGAGACAUCAGCUAUGGUGCUGACAUGUGUGCAGGCUGCAGUGGAUCCCCUCAUCUACACUUUAGUCACCAGACAGUUUCGCUCUGAACUCAGCAAGAUCCUCUCCUCCAUCCCACGGUGUCCCUUAAAACUGAGAGCCUGAAGGUACAGUGUUUGAACA